AUGAGGAGGACAAAGAGGAGGUGGACAAGGAGGAGGACAAAGGAGGAGGACAAGGAGGAGGACGAGGACAAGGAGGAUGAGGAGGACAAAGAGGAGGAGGACAAGGAGGAGGACAAAGAGGAGGACAAAGAGGAGGAGGACAAGGAGGAUGGCGAGGAAAAGGAGGAUGAGGAGGACAAGGAGGACAAGCAGGAGGAGGAGGACAAAGAGGAUGAGGAGGAGGACAAAGAGGAUGAGGAGGAGGACAAAGAGGAUGAGGAGGAGGACAAAGAGGAUGAGGAGGAGGACAAAGAGGAUGAGGAGGAGGACAAAGAGGAUGAGGAGGAGGACAAGGAGGAGGAGGAGGACAAGGAGGAGGAGGAGGACAAGGAGGAGGAGGAGGACAAGGAGGAGGACGAGGAGGACAAAGAGGAGGAGGACAUGGAGGAGGAGGACAAGGAGGAAGGGGCGGACAAGGAGGAGAAGGACAAGGAGGAGAAGGAUGACGAGGACAAGGAGGAGGAUGAGGAGGACAAGGAGGAGGAGGACAAGGAGGAGGAGGCGGACAAGGAGGAGGAGGAUGACGAGAAGGAGGAGGACAAGGAGGAAGGGGCGGACAAGGAGGACAAGGAGGAUGAUGAGGAGGACAAGGAGGAGGACAAAGAGGAGGAGGACAGGAGGAGGACAAGGAGGAGGAGGACAAGGAGGAGGAGGCGGACAAGGAGGAGGAGGAUGACGAGAAGGAGGAGGACAAGGAGGAGGAAAAGGAGGAGGACAAGGAGGAUGAGAACAAGGAGGAUGAGGAGGACAAGGAGGAAGAGGACAAGGAGGAGGACAAAGAGGAGGAGGACAAGGAGGAGGAGGACAAGGAGGAGGACAAAGAGGAGGAGGAGGAGGACAAAGAGGAGGAAGAGGUCCUCACAUUACACGUGUUACAGACCUCACAUUACACCUGUGUUACAGACCUCACACUACACCUGUGUCACAGACCUCACAUUACACCUGUGUUACAGACCUCACAUUACACCUGUGUUACAGACCUCACAUUACACCUGUGUUACAGACCUCACAUUACACCUGGGUUAG